UCUCUUGACCCAUAAGCUGCCUCUCGCGCUCACUGGCAGCAGAGGGAGAAGCUCCUCGCGCUGAGCAGGUGAUCCAGAGACUUGGAUUUGAGGAGAAGACAGAGAAGCACCACCACCACCACCACCAUUAUUAUUAUUAUUGUUGUUAACAGCAGCAGCAGCAGCAUGCAGAUAUCCGGACUGUCUCUGUGGCUGUUUUGCCUCAUACUGGGUCAGUCCCGCACUCUCGGCGGGAAAGUGAACAAGCACAAGCCGUGGAUAGAGACGUCUUACCAUGGUGUGAUCACAGAGAACAUGGACACGGUGCUGCUGGACCCCCCUCUGGUAGCCCUGGACAAGGAUGCCCCAGUUCCUUAUGCUGGGGAGAUUUGUGCCUUUAAGAUCCAUGGUCAGGAUGCUCCCUUCGAGGCGGUGGUUUUGAAUAGCACAUCAGGAGAGGGAGUCCUGAGGGCCAGUAGCCCUGUGGACUGUGAGAGCCAGAAAGAGUACACGUUCAUUAUCCAGGCAUACGAUUGUGGGGCCGGACCCAGCGGGGCGGACUGGAAGAAAUCACACAAGGCCGUGGUUCACAUCCAGAUAGAUGACGUCAACGAGUUCUCCCCUGUGUUUCGGGAGUCACUCUACAAGGCGUCGGUGACAGAAGGCAAGAUCUAUGACAGCAUAAUGCAGGUUGAAGCGUGGGACCAGGACUGCUCACCACAAUACAGCCAGAUCUGCAACUAUGAAAUUGUCACAGCAGGGACGCCAUUCGCCAUAGACCGCAAUGGCAACAUCAGAAAUACAGAGCGACUGAGCUAUGACAAGCUGCAGAGCUACAAGAUUAUGGUUACGGCCUUUGACUGUGGUCAGAAAAGAGCAAAGGAGGACGUGGCCGUGCAUAUUGAUGUCAAGCCUGUCUGCAAACCUGGAUGGCAAGGUUGGAGCAAACGUGUGGACUAUGAACCAGGGACUGGGAGCAAGCAGCUGUUCCCCAAGAUGCACCUGGAAACCUGUGGUGGUCCUCUGUCCGGUAUGAGGGCCAUGGUGGAGCUGCAGACCAAUCACAUCGGGAAAGGCUGCGACCGUGAAACAUACUCUGAAAAGUCUCUGCAAAAACUCUGCGGUGCAGCAUCUGGCAGCACUGACCUUCUCCCGGCCCCCAGCCUUUCCACGAACUGGACAGUGACUCUGCUGACCGACAGCGGACGAGACAGCGACCUGAUCUACAGGUUUGACGGGCGCCAGGCUGCCAAUGUUCCGGAUCAUGUGGUGCCCCAGAAUCUAACAGACCAGUUCACCAUAGCAACCUGGAUGAAACAUGGGCCCAGUCCAGGCCUCAGAGCUGAGAAGGAAACCUUACUGUGCAACUCUGACAAGACUGAGAUGAACCGCCACCAUUACUCUCUGUAUGUGCACAACUGCCGCUUGGUGUUUCUGCUCAGGAGAGAUUUCACUCUGGUCGACACUUUCAGACCUGCAGAGUUCCACUGGAAACUGGAGCAGAUCUGUGACAAGGAAUGGCACUAUUAUGUGAUCAACGUGGAGUUUCCUGCCGUGACAUUAUUUGUGGAUGGCGUGACCUACGAGCCCUACCUGGUGACAGAUGACUGGCCGAUCCACGCCUCAAAGAUUGAUACACAGCUGACUGUGGGCGCCUGCUGGCAAGGUAGUGAGGUAGCAACACCAAGGUUCACUCAGUAUUUCCAUGGCAGCCUGUCAGGUCUGACAAUCCGACCAGGCCGCAUUGAAACCCAGAAGGUUAUCUCCUGUUUGCAGGCCUGCAAAGAAGGACUUGAUAUCAACUCCCUUGAAAGCCUAGCUAAGGACAUCAAGUUCCACUUCAACCCUGCCCAGUCUGUGCUGGUUGUUGAAGGAGAGGAUGUGGACAGCAUCAACACGGCCAUGACCAAGGUCUCCUACAUCAACUCUCGCCAAUUCCCCACACCAGGCCUCCGACGGCUACACAUCACCACCACAGUACAGUGUUUCGGGGAGGACACGUGUCUCUCAAUCCCGGACGUCAAAGCAGUUGUUAUGGUGCUGCCGCCCAGUGAACCGAGAAUCACAAUUACAGGAUCUAAUCGACUCGUCAGGCCUGCCGCUGACCUGCAGGGCCCCCUGGGUGUGGCACCCUUCAAAGAGCUUCAUAUCACCAGCACAGUGAUGAAGGGAGACGGCUUCGGUGGAGUUCGUCGCCAAGGUGUUAUGGAGGUGAUGCAUAACCUGGACUACUGUGACAUCCUGGUCAUUGGAGAGGAACUGAGUCCAGAGCGAGAGAGUCUGGAGAUUCAUCACAGUGUUUUGUUGGGGAAACAUCUGGAUGCCACCAACUCCACCUCUGGAAUUUCAAUAUACGGUGUGGACUCCAUGGCUCAUUACGAGCAGGCACUGAGACAAGUACGUUACAGGAACUGGCAACCCGCCACUCUGAGUGAGAGAAGGUUCAGACUCACCUGCUCUGAACUCAACGGACGUUACACCAGCAACGAGUUUGAUUUAGAGGUCAAUGUACUUCACCACUCAGCACCUGUGGAACAUGUCAAUCAUAUGGCCGCCCAGCCUCAGUACAUGAGACCUGUCCAUCACCCGCUCAUGAUACACACUCUCAACUCACACAUGUCAGGAUCAGCACCUCCAGCAGCCACAGUUGUUAUUGUGGUUUGUAUCGCCGCCCUGGUGGUGAUUGUGGUCAUUGGCGUGUACAGGAUCCACGCCACACACCAGGAGGGAUCCAGGGAGGAUGAGGAUGAGGUUAGAGAGCCUGAGGUGGAGUGGGACAACUCUGCUCUCACUAUAACCAUCAACCCUAUGGAGAACAUAAAAGACCCACAGGCUCUGGAUCAGCCAGUAAAAGAAGAGAACCACGAGGAGGAGGAACAAGGAAUGACGAGCGCCGAGUCAGACAACAGCGAUGAAGAGGAGGAAGAGCGAAAAGUGGUGAAAAUGAGGAAGCAAAAGGGAAAACUUGAGUGGGACAGUUCCUCCACAACAUACUGACCACACAUAUAUACACUAUAUACCCAGAUAUACACAACACUCUCUGCAAGUUUCGUUUCUAUUUCUUUGACUCUAUGAUUUUAUGUUGGUGAGCUGAAGGCAAAUUUCCACCUUGGUGGACAAUAACAUUCUAUUCUAUUCUAUUCUAUCUCCUCCACACACACACACUCACUACGCUGGCUUUUCCUUCAUGCUUACUAAAGGUACACAAAUACACAAAAUCAAAUGAAAUUAUUCAUUGGAAAUACAAAAGCAGCACCUGUUUUUUUUUAAUAAAACAUCUCCAUCUGCUGGACAAAAUCUGAACUACAGAAUAGGUUGAGAAUAAGUAAGCACAUGAUUACUCGCAUCGCAGUUUGGGCAGAGCGUUAUGUGAGCAAAGUUUUACUGAUGAAACAGAAUUUGAAACAAUCAAAAAUCUAAUCUUAAAUGGUGACACAAUAAUUUUUCAAUAACAUGUCAACAGACUGCUUUUUUUAUAUAUAUAUAUAUAUUAUUUCCUCUUAAAACAGAAUUAUCGCGAGGUGGUUACUUAUAGACAGAUGUAACAAUAAAAUGUAUCACCAUACAUAUUCAUUGAUAAAUGUAUCCAUAAAUGUUUUUAAUGUAAUUCCUUCUGCCUGUUAAGUAGAUAUAAAAUAGCUGUAUUGUCACUUGGUGUAUAACUUCUGUUCCCAUCUUUAACUCAGACCAGACACUUUAUACAGAUAUACUAAUACAGAGAUGACACUGUAAAUGUCCUUUGUUUUAAAAUCCAUAAUCAGGAGUCCUCUAUGCUGAUAUUGGCACAGUAAACAGACCAGUACAGAGAAACCCUUGUGAUUUAAGCCUCAUGGGAGGAUGAAUGCAGCAGAUGCUGUCCACAUCAAUCUCAACCCAUUUAGUUUCUCACAUCCAUCUCUUUUAUUCCUGCCAAACAUCUGAAGUGAUCAGUUCCACAAACCUUCACUGCUUCAUUAUCUUAAUUGGUAAGAAGUAGUAAGGAGUACAAAUAUCUUACAAAUCUCAGUUCUGAAACAACUAUAGCUAAGCUGUGGCUCCCUAAUGUCACACGGCUAAUUAGCUCCACUAAUGUCCUCAAUGUCCUUACUGCUGUACGUCCAGUUACUGCAGACGUAUAAAAAUGUUUCCUCACAGCAUCGGGAAAGCAAUGUUUGUUUGUUUGGUGCCCCUCAUUAGCAUGCAUCAUGAAUUGAUACCAUAGAAGGUUUUAGACCUUUUAUUUAUGAGGUUUUUCAGCACAUCAGAUUGAGAGUCACUAUUUUAAACAGUGUGUGUGUCUUCAUGUUUGUGGAAUGUUUAAUUUGAUUUAAAAGUAGAGCAAGAUUUAGACUGCCCUGCCAAUACUGACCUCACCUCCAAAUUAUAACACAAACUUAAUGUUAAAGCAAAGAUAAUCCUGAUUGUCGAUCCUCCGGGGUGUCAUGACACCAUUGUUUUGUGUUUUCAUUGCCCGAGUCAUAGGGAUCAGAGAAAGCUUGCUGGGCGUUGUUAGGUAAAGUGCUCAUUAACUACUCCUCCAGAACCUGAUCACUGAUAUUGCUCCCGUCUUCCAUCAUUGCAAUAGAUAUAGUACAUCAUCUCAGACAUAAUCCCAUUUCAAUCUGGUGAGGUUGUCUUCAUUCACCUGAUGUUACAAGAUCAUUUCCUCUCAGAGAAAUCAGCUGUUUCUCUCUAACAGAUGUGUCUCCUGUUCACCUCUCCCUUCCUCUGCCCUUAGAGCACCUGUGAUUGUGAUGUCAUCAUUGUGAAACAACUGCCUUGCCUCCCUUUGUCAUAUUGUGCUUCUGAAAGAUUAAAGAAAAAAAAAAGAAGAUUCUUUUACAUAUAAAAAGAAAACUGUAAAAAUGUUCAGGACAUUUAUUUUAUAUAUCUGUUUCUUUUUCUUUUGUAAACAAAGUGGUUGGGAUUUCUCUCUGUCUCAUCCCACUGCUUUCUGUAUAUUGAUCAAUAAAGACUUGUUUUAGACUCUA